AAAGACAUAACUCUCCAAAACACAUCUAAUCUCCCUUACAAAAUUAAAGCUAAGACAUAGCAAAAACAAAAAAACAAAUUAAUUAAAUGGAGGGAGGAGUUGAGGUGUUUGGAUUUUGGCCAAGUCCGUUUAGUUUGAGAGUGGAAUUGGCUCUCAAACUCAAAGGCAUCCAAUACCAAUACGUUGAGGAAGAUGUAUUAAACCAAAAGAGCGAUUUGUUGGUGAAAUACAACCCAAUUUACAAGAAGGUUCCUGUUCUUGUUCACCAUGGAAAACCUAUUUCAGAGUCUCUUGUAAUUCUCGAAUACAUUGAAGAAACGUGGAAACACAGUCCCAUCUUGCCCCAAGAUUGCCAUGAAAAAGCUCUUGCUAGGUUUUGGGCUGCCUAUAUCGAUGGAAAGGUAGUGUCUGCUUUAGGAAAAGUUUGCGGAAGCAAAGGAGAAGUGAUAGAGGAAGCAGUAGAAGAAGCAAAGGAGGCAUUGGAACCACUUGAGAAAGAGCUUAAAAGCAACAAAUUUUUUGGGGGAGAAAAAAUUGGGUUUUUGGACAUUGUGGGCAUUCUCAUAGCCUUUUGGAUUCCUGCCAGUGAAGAAGCUUUAGGGAUUGAAAUGUUAACAGCCCAUAAAUUUCCAAACCUAAUACAAUGGAUUGAAGAACUUGCCAAUGACAAUGUCGUGAAGGAGCUUAUCCCUAAAAAGGAUGACCUUGUUACCCAUAUGAAAACUGUUCUUGGAAAAAACUAGCUAAAAGAUCAUUUCAAGUUAUACAUUGUGUUAGUGAUGCGAUCUCACUUCCUUUGUUUGUUUUAAUUGAUUUAAUUUAGUUGAGAUUCGGUGGUUGAGUUUGUUCGGAUCUUUCUUAUGAUAUCUCACUAAAGAGGUUUGGAUUAUUAUUUAGUUUGUUCAGAUUAAUAUAUAAAGAAGUCUUUGUGGUUCUGCAUUA